UGAUGAUAUCAGGCCUUAGCAGGGUAUAAAAGAGGAUCUGGGGCAAGAAAACUUCCAAACCUUCCAAACCCAUCUUCCUGGAAACCCACCCAGAACCUCCACCCUCUGACACCAUGGUCAACUCCUGUUGUGGCUCCGUGUGCUCUGACCAGGGCUGUGACCUAGAGACCUGCUGCCGCCCCAGCUGCUGCCAGACCACCUGCUGCAGGACCACCUGCUGCCGCCCGGCACUGUGUGUCAGCUGCUGCAGGCCCCAGUGCUGCCGUUGUGUGCUGCCAGCCUGCUGCCAGACAAUGACCACCUGCUGCAGGCCCCAGUGCUGCCAGUCUCCACUUGCUGGGGCCACCUGCUGCCGCCCCAGCUGCUGUGUGUCCGCGCAGGCCCAGUCUUUGCUGCAGUCUGUGUGCUGCCAGCCCACCUGCUGCCACCCCAGCUGCUGCCAGACCACCUGCUGCAGAGCCACCUGCUGCCGCCCCAGCUGCUGUGGCUCCAGCUGCUGCCGUAGCCCAACCUGCUCAGUGGCGUGCUGCAGGACCACCUGCUGCCGCCCCAGCUGCUGUGUGUCCAGCUGCUGCCGCCCAACCUGCUCUAGUGGCUCUUGCUGCUGAUGCCCUCACCUACACUCAC